GGCAACAUUAUGGUAAAUAAAGGAAUUGUAUAAAAUCGUGCUGGCAACACUGCCCGCCGAUUGUAAUUUGUAAUCGCUCCUUUUGCCUUCCGACCACCGGCCUAUGUACACAUGUUCAAUUUAUAUUUCUCAAUUAAAGUGAUUUUUCCAUUCACAUCGGAGUCAACUUAUUAUUCAACCUAUGGUAAUACAGUCCUGCUGCGCACAUGGUCCUUCGGCCCUCCGAUUGAAGACAGCAAGAGGUAAAAAUACGCUUUCAUUAUUGAGAAUCAAACAUUUUGCAAAAAGACAAAGGUCCGCAACGCGACGUUGCCGCUCUGAUUGACUUACGCAAUAUUCAUCUAUAAUCUACCGUGAGCCAACGCGUGAGAGCGCAAAGCAGAUACGUCGCCAGUGGGAGUGAGGGAGAAAGCAGCAUCGCGCCAGCGCUACGACCACGAGGUAAAAACGUGGCGAACGCAACAUCAUCGAGACGAGGGACGGCGCCCCGCGCCAUUUUGUCAUCGUCGUCUGCGCAGUGUAUCAAGUCUCUUUAUUGCAUUAAAACUAAAAGUAAAAUCAGUGCUAAUACUAAAGUGAAUAGCAAUUUCUGUUCAAAAAAGUUAUAUCAUCACUCAGUGCCGUUAUUCGAGCAAUAGUAACCAUAAAUCAGUGUAUUUCGGAAAUACCUAUUAGUAUAUACGUCGUAAAUCAUAAUGGAGGACGAAUUAUCAAGGAAGAAUGUAGCACGCGGUUACGCAAAGCGCACAAUCACGCGGCUUUAUCAGUAUUUAGAAGCAGAAGAGGCAAAUCUACUAAAGAACCACGUGGAGGAACUCAUGGUUCGGCGCGACCGACUGGAAAAAACCUUUAAUGAAUACGAAGACUUGUGCAAAGACAUUUUACAUUUGAAUCCCAAAGAUGAGGAGUGCGUGGACGUCGUCGAAGAAAAGUUUUACAAAAUGGUAACGAUGUUAAACAAGGCGAUUGCGCAACGUGGGUUUGCACCCGCGUCUUCAACCAAUUCAGUUGCUCAACCGAGUGUAGCGGCAAAAACUCAUUUACCUCCCGUGGACAUCCAACAGUUUAACGAUAGCUUUACAACGAGAGCCUACCAAAUGGAUAGAAGCUCUGAUAACAAGCCGAGCCUGGAAGAGUUUCUCCAGUACCUUGAGAAACGGGCCUUGGCUUUAGAAAAUGCUGAGCAAGGUCACACUGCGGGUAACUCACGGGUAGCAGCUCUCGCCACGCAGGGAUCAUCAUGCAGUUACUACCUUGUUGCCGAGCAAUCAGAACGUGGUGGUGGUGCCAAUGAACCUCAGCUCACCAGCUGCAAGUGAUCCUCACGGGUCACAACAGGUUCUCCCUACUGCUUCGUGUCACACUACAUCACAAGGGUCUCCAGGGUUUGAAUUACACAUAUUUCCAACACUAUUUGGUCACAUAAUAGGAGGAGGUUUGCCAGUCAAUUUAUCCAAACCAUCUUGUCACAAAGUAGCAUUAAAAUGUGAGCUAGAUAUACAAAAAACAAUUUCUCAGUUUUGGUCUUAUGAAAAGGUCCCAGAAUUAUUGCAUGAAAAAACUUCUGAACAGGAGCUGUGUGAACACAUAUUUCAAGGCUCUGUCAAAUUAGAAAAUAAUCACUUUCAAGUUACCUUACCAUUGAAAUUACCUUUAGAAGAUAUUAAUGGCAUAUUAGGCGAAUCCUUUCACCUUGCUUUAAAGAGAUUUUUAAAUUUAGAAAAGAAAUUGCAUUCAAAUCCAAAUCUAUUCAUGCAAUAUCAAAGAUUUAUCCAUGAAUACUUAUCACUUAACCAUGGUCAUUAUAUGGACAUUGAACUGUAUGACAUAAACAAACAAGCAACUUACUAUUUACCCCAUCAUGCAGUAAUAAAUGAAAAUUCAAGUACAACCCGACUUCGGUGUGUAUUUGAUGCUUCAAUGAAAACUGACAAGAAGGUCAGCUUAAACAGUUUACAACUCAAUGGACCGGUAGUGCAAAAAGAUCUUUUUGAUAUACUCAUGCUAUUCAGAUUUGGCAAAUAUACAUUCACAACGGACAUCAAACAUAUGUUCCGCAAUAUAAAAAUUGAUCCCAAAUUCACUUCUCUACAAAACAUUCUUUGGAGAGACAAUCCAAGUGAAUCAAUUAAAUGUAUUAGAUUAGACACAGUAACAUACGGUUUAAAAAGCUCUAGUUACUUGGCAACACGUUGUUUAAAGGAGCUAGCAAUUAGGUACGAAAAUUUGUAUCCUCUAGCUUCCAACAUAAUUAAUAAUCAUACAUAUGUUGACGAUAUUCUUUACACAGAUCAUGAUUUCAACUCAGUUAUAACUGCAAGGAAUCAACUACGCGAAAUACUCAGUCUAGGUGGAUUUCAUACACACAAGUGGGCCUCAAAUAAUAAAAGCAUACUGUCAGAUAUACCACAGACCGAGCAACAACAUUUUUGUAGUUUAGAUUUGCAAAAAGAAAAUUUCGACAUGAAAGCUUUAGGGCUGCGCAUUAAUGUUAUAGAUGAUAACUUUAUAAUAUCAUCCCCUGAACCGUUUAACCCUAAAGAAAUAACAAAAAGAAGAAUAUUAAGUUACAUAGGUAGGUUCUACGACCCUAUGGGGUUUGCAAGUCCUAUUAUAGUAACAGCAAAGGUCAUCAUGCAAAAAUUAUGGCUACAAAAUAUUGAUUGGAAUUCCACUCCCCCUCUUAACAUUCAAGAAGAGUGGCUACAGUUUACAGCUGAUCUAUUAGCAAUGGAGCCAAUUAAACUAAGUAGAAAUAUAGAUAUUUCAGAAAAUUACACUGCAGAGCUGGUGGGAUUUGCUGAUGCUUCGAGUUCCACGGCCUACGGUUGCUGUGUAUACCUGCGAGUCAACAAAUUAGGUAACUCAAAUGCUUACUUGCUCUGUUCGAAAUCUAGAAUAAAUCCUAUUCAAAAGAAGGGCAUGACAGUGCCAAGGCUUGAAUUGAAUGCUGCACUCUUGUUAUCUAAGUUAAUGGCAAAAACAUAUGAUUCACUUAAGCUUAAAGUUAAAAUAAAGGAUGUACAUCAAUUCAGUGAUUCAAAGAUUGUUCUUGCAUGGAUUGACACUGAAUUGAUGCAGCUUCAAGCUUAUAUAGCGAACAGAGUGAGUGUCAUUCGUCAGGCUACAGGUGCAUGGUCAUGGCUUUAUGUCAACACCAAAGAAAAUCCUGCCGACCUCAUCAGCAGAGGGCUAAAGCCAGGCGAGCUGAACCGGUGCCAGUUAUGGUGGAACGGGCCACAGUUUCUACGUAACAGUGAGUACAAUUUUGAUUGCUGUAAACCAGAGCUCCCCAGCACUCUACCCGAGGUGAGGCCUUGCUUAGUGCUUUCUGAUGACCAAUCAUCAAAUUCUAUUGAAUAUAUUUUCAAACAAUUAUAUAAUUAUUCUAAUAUUACAAAAAUCAUUAGGCUCAUGGCUUAUAUUUUAAGAUUUUUGAAUAAUGUAAAUAAACAUAAAAAUAAAAUAAAUAGUAAAUAUUUAACAAGCUCAGAGCUUGAAAAUGCCUUAAUGGUUAUAGUUAAGCAUGAACAAGGUGUCCAUUUCAAAUCUGAAAUUAAUGCACUUUGCAAAGGCAAUAAUUUAAAAGGAACUCUUGUGAACCUACAUCCUUUCAUUGAUAAGCUAGGUCUUUUACGUGUAGGUGGGAGGCUCCACCAUGCUGCCAUACAUACACUGUCACAAAAACAUCCUGUUAUCCUACCAAAGGACUCUUUAAUUACUAGCUUGAUUAUUAAAAGCGAACAUGAAAGAUUACUGCAUGCAGGACCUAAGCUUCUGCUUUCAAGUUUAAACCAAAAAUUUUGGAUUGUAAAUGGCUUAUUACAUAUUAAGAAAAUAACCCACAAAUGUAUUAUAUGUUUUAGAAAUAAGGCGACAGCUGCUCAACAGCUAAUGGGCUCACUGCCAGCCAGCCGUGUCACAGCCACGAGCCGACCGUUCCAGGUUAUCGGCUUGGAUUUUGCUGGGCCUGUAGACGUCAAGCUAUCGCGAAUUAGACGCUCUGUAGUCGGAAAAGGUUAUAUAUGCGUUUUUGUAUGCUUUACCACGAAGGCAGUUCACUUAGAACUGGCUUCGGACUUAACCACAGAAACAUUUCUAGGCUGUCUCAAAGGGCAAAUAAGCAGACGUGGAAAGCCCAGCCAGGUCCACUGUGAUAAUUUUAGCUCAUUCAAAUCGGCUAGCAACCAAUUAAAUGAAUUGUAUAAGCUGCAUGCAUCUCAGUAUCACCAGGCAAACGUACAAAAAUUUGCUGCAGAACAAGGUAUAAAUUUCCAUUUCAUUCCGUGCUAUUCUCCUACGUUUGGUGGUCUCUGGGAGGCAGCAGUUAAAAGUACAAAAUACCAUUUAAGGCGAGUUGUACAAAAUAGUUUAUUAACAUAUGAACAGCUUAACACAGUUCUUUGUGAGAUUGAAGCUGUACUUAAUUCAAGACCAUUGUUAUCACUCUCAUCUGAUCCAGAUGACCUUUGUUAUUUAACACCUGGUCACUUUAUUAUUGGUAGUGCGUUAACUAUGUAUCCAGAAAACAAUUUAAUUAAUGUACCUAAAAAUAAACUUAAGUUUUGGCAGCUAUGUACUAAUUUAAAACAACAAUUUUGGAAGGUUUGGCAUAAAUAUUAUUUAAAUAUUCUCCAAAAUAGGCCAAAAUGGCGCCAAGACCAGAAUAAUGUUAAAGUAGGAAGUUUAGUUAUUCUAAAGGAUGAUAAUUUAUAUCCUAUGUACUGGCCCAUGGCACGAAUUGUAAGAUUAUGUCCUGGUCACGAUGGAAAGGUCAGGGCCGUCGAGGUCAUUACCCCAAAUAAAAAAACACACGUUCGGGCCAUUAACAAAAUAUGUGUAUUGCCAAUAGAUUCCAAUUAGUAUUUAAUUAUUAUAAGAAUGUUUAUUAAGAAAAUUUUAAAUUUAACAUUGUAAGCAACAAUUAAACUUAACUUGUAAAAUGUUUAAAUUUCCAGUUUACAUAUUAUUUAACAAUUGUAUAGUUCAUAACAUCAUGAGGCCGCAGCAUGUUGCAGGCAACAUUAUGGUAAAUAAAGGAAUUGUAUAAAAUCGUGCUGGCAACACUGCCCGCCGAUUGUAAUUUGUAAUCGCUCCUUUUGCCUUCCGACCACCGGCCUAUGUACUAGACCUGUGUAAUUCGAUCGUUUCAUAAAACCCGGGUCGAUCGCGACCCAUACUUAUGGAGAUCGGGUCUCAAUGAUUCGAUCAUUUCGAUCAUUCGGGUCACGGGUUGUUUGGGUUUUGUGUAUCGUUGCGACGCGGCUUGAAGUAGGUAGGUAUUUGAACUGAACACCCGUAAGACCCGAACCGGAACCCGAUCCUUUGAUUGACCGACGGAUUCAAAACAAAGUUAUGCCUACUAUCAGUUAAAUAAAUAUUGUGGUUUGUAAUUGUAUCGCUUUUGCGUGGUGAUACAAUAAUAUUAAGUCAUCGUCUAAAUUUACAUUCGAAAAAUGGGAAAUUUUAUUUUAUGUUUUUAUGAAUAUAUAUAAAAAAAUGUAAAUAAUUAAAGUUAUUAUAUAUUAUAUAGAUAAAACUAUUGCUAAAAGUAAUACAUACCUACAUAUAUAUUUUAGACUUUAUUCCUUACGAAUUUACCACUCAAGUCAUCAUCAUUAUCAACUACAGAAUACAGAAUGAUAUCUUUACAAGCCCCGAGAUGAAGCCGAUGAAACUCAUAAAUACAGAGUAAUACAUAUCUUCCUUUACAUACGAAUAAAAGAGACAACUACAGAUUGUACUUGCGAAUGAUGAUUCGACAUUAUUAGCAAUUGAGCCAAAUAAUUAUUUAUAACACUAAUACAAUCAAAAUAAAGUUCAAUUUAGUGUGGUCGGGUCGAGAGAUCGAGUUUAUUAUAUGGAUCACCAAACGGGUCUCACAAGAUCGGGUGUUUUAGUCGUCCGCGACCCGAUUAUUCACGAGAACUACAGAUUUGAGAGUUAUUCUAUUAAAAAUAAAGUUCAAUUUAGCGUGGUCGGGUCGAGUGAUCGAGUUUUUAUAUGAAUCACAAGAUCGGGUGUUUUAGACGUCCGCGACCCGAUUAUUCACGAGAACUACAGAUUUGAGAGUUAUUGUUUUAAAAAUAAAGUUCGAUUUAGCGUGGUCGGGUCGAGUGAUCGAGUUUUUAAUGAAUCACAAGAUCGGGUGUUUUAGACGUCCGCGACCCGAUUAUUCACGAGAUCUACAGAUUUGAGAGUUAUUGUAAUCAAAAUAAAGUUCAAUUUAGUAUGGUAAACAAAAACCUUUCGAUCUUUUAAUCGAGUCUGCGCCCGGGCGGGUCUCCAAACGGGUCACAUAAGAUCGGGUGUUUUUAACGUCCGCGACCCAAUUACUCACGCACAAGUAGUGAUCGGGUGUCGGAGAUUUGAUCAUUCGCGAUCGACACAGGUCUACUAUGUACACAUGUUCAAUUUAUAUUUCUCAAUUAAAGUGAUUUUUCCAUUCA